CAGUAUGGGAAUGAAAAUGGAAGGUGGGAGACAAGAUAACACAAACUCUCGUUCUGUGGAGCUUUCAUAGUUGCGCUGAAGAAAACUACACAAUGCAACGGGUGAUUUUGUUUGGCAGUGCUUUCAGAGCGAUCGUGGCAGGAUCAGGCGGACUUCAUGCGCACUAUUUUCUCUGUACGAGACAUGAGAGUGUGAGCAGGACUCAGAUUAGAAAACACUCUCAAGAUCAACCCACCAACCAUAUAGGACACUUUAGCUUUUACAGCUUACCACACAGGACUCUCAUCAAUGUGUCUGGACAAGACAUGAAUUCAUUUCUUCAAGGGAUAAUAACCAAUGACACAGCUCUUCUGGCAGAGGAUGCACUGCCUGCGAUGUAUGCACACAUGCUCAAUGUUCAAGGCAGGACACUGUAUGACAUCAUCAUUUACAGUUUAAAAGGAAACCCAAAUGGAUUGAAUGGUGUACUUCUGGAGUGUGACAGCAUCGUACAGGAAUCCAUUAUGCGGCUUCUGAAAGUCUACAAGAUACGUCGCAAAGUGAACAUCAGCUUGUGUCCUAGUCUCUCGCUAUGGGCUCUAUUACCUAGGAAUAGAGAUGCAGUGCUGGGAAAGUCAAAGCCAGAAGUUACUGCAGCAGAUAAUGUGUUAGUGUUGGAGAAAGACCCGAGAACUGAACUCAUGGGCUGGAGAAUGAUCACCAGUUGUCAGGACAAUCUACAUGAGAUUGUCUCUGCUUGUCAACAGGGCAACACCGAAGAAUACCACAGACAUCGCUAUGAAAUUGGACUACCUGAAGGAGUCAGAGACUUUCCGCCAGGUGAGGCCCUUCCACUGGAGUCUAAUCUGGUUUAUAUGCAGGGAAUUAGCUUCAGCAAGGGAUGCUACAUCGGACAGGAACUAACUGCAAGAACGCACCACACCGGUGUAAUAAGGAAGCGCCUAAUGCCUGUUACCAUGUCUGCUCCAGCUAAGAACCUGGACCAUGGGGCUGCUCUUGAGACUGAGGGGGGCAAACCAGCAGGGAAAUAUAGGGCAGGAAUCGACAGGCUGGGACUUGGCCUUAUACGCUUGGCUCAUGCCAAAGAGUCACUCAAACUUAAAUCCUCUGAUAAUACGACGGUGACUUUACAGGCUACUGUGCCUGACUGGUGGCCAAAAAACACUGAAGAUAAAUGAAUCGGAAACACUAGUAAGGUCUACCAGACUGCUUUAAUUUGAAUGCAGAUAAUAUUUAUAUAGAGUUGACUUAAAAUGUUAAAUAUAAUACAUUUUACACAAAUAUCUGUUGACAGUGUCUUGAUUAACACCUUGCAAUAAAAUC